CGUGUUGGAACUCAUGAGGAAUAGAUUUUUUAUUUUUAUUUUUUUUUUAAAAAAACAGGAAAAUAAAAAUAAUUGAGGUUUUUGUCGGAUUUUUAAUAUAUAAAGAAGUAUUGUGCUUCUCUUCAGAAGGAUUUCUCCCUUUUUCCGUUUUACCACUUUUUUUAAGCUUUUCUAAAGAUGAAGAUUAUUCCUAUCAGUGUUCUUGAUGAUAACUAUUCUUACAUUCUUAUUGACGAAAAGACAAAAGAGGCUGCCGUGAUCGACCCCGUUGAACCCAUAAAGAUUUUAAAUGUGAUUAGUCAAACUGGUGCUAAAUUAUCAAGUGUAUUCACCACACACCAUCAUUGGGAUCAUGCUGGUGGUAAUAUAGAACUUGUGGGUAAGAAAAACAAACCUGGCUUAGCUGUUUAUGGUGCAGAUGCUCGUAUUCCUGAGAUCAACUAUGUAUGUAAAGACCACGAAGAAUUCAAAUUGGGCUCUUUGGAUAUCACUCCAUUACAUACUCCUUGUCACACAAAAGGUCAUGUAUGUUAUUAUGUCGUGGAUCCUGCCACAGGCGAAAAGGCCGUGUUUACGGGAGAUACUUUGUUUGUGGGUGGUGUCGGCAAAUUUUUUGAAGGCGAUGCUCGUGACAUGUAUAGGAUUUUGUUUCAUAUCCUGACAAAAUUACCGGAUGAGACCUGGGUUUAUUGUGGACACGAAUAUACAAAGAACAAUUUAAAGUUUGCAUUGUCGGUUGAUCCUCACAAUGAAGCAUUGAUUGCGAAAUGGAACUGGUGUCAAGACAAAAUGAUUACAGUGCCAUCUACAAUUGGACAAGAAAAAAUGUUUAACCCAUUCCUAAGAGUGAACGAACACGCUUUACAAAUCAUGGCUGGAAAGAGUGACCCUGUUGAAGUAUUGCAUACUUUAAGAGAAAUGAAGAACAAUUUCUAGUAAAUUUCCUCUUCAAACUUAUUUAUUAAUUAUAU